AUGCACAAAGAGGAGGCACCGGAAUACUGGUCGGACUGGCCACAACUUAUUCUCCGACCUCUCUGGGUUCCAGCUCCUACUGCUAUCUCAUGCCUGGAAGAAGGCUUCUUAGGUCUGUGCGGCUAUGUUGAGCAACCACAGUACUGCUGGGUGGCCGAAUUCUCGUCUGAGCUUUCUGCGCCGGCCGGCAGCGGAUGGCCAGGAUGCCAAGACGUAUUGCGAGAUCUAGUGCAGGGACACCUCGCUUGCAGGACGUGCUUCACUAAGCCUUCGUGUUCUUCAACUUUCGAGGCCACUUACACGACAAACCCGGCAGUUUGCCUUGUGAGCCCUGAGACGUGUCUGGCGGAUUUCUUGGCAAAGCUCCGGGAACCUAUUGGCGCAUUGGGCGAUCCACCUGUAAGGAUAGGUGCCCAUCUUGAUUCCAAGCUGACGGUCGGUAUUGCUGCGCACCCAGUUCUACUGGAUGUACGGUCCAUGGAGGCCCUAGCCUGUGAGUUCUGUGAACUCUUCAACGUGUCAUUCGAGUCCAGGCUUCCUGUGAGGGACAGAUUGGACAGGGCAGACUUCGCUCAUUGGCAGAGGUGUGCAGAGGCUUCGGGGCUUUGGAGCUCAGCUGUUCUGCGCCGGACUAAUGCGCUCCGCGAAUUUUCUCUUCAAACUCCCAGGGAUGAACCGAAAAGGCGGGUUGACAGAAGCCAGCAAAGCAAGCACCUGCUGGAGCACCUUCAUCUUCCAAUGAUGCAGCUGCGGAAUGCGGCUACAGAGUUGCAAGUGACAGAAUUGGAGCUUUUCUUGGCGAUGUUCGUACUCUUACUUCGAAGCUGGCGACAACGAUUGGUCUUUGGCUUGCCGCACUCUUGCAGACGGGAUUUGGACAUUGUGGGCUGCUGCACCAAUAUUCUUCUUGCCUGCCUGAACACGCCUUCCGAGACUUCGUUGUUCCAGGCAGCCCAUCACGUCCAUGCAGAGCUGCAGUCUGCAAGGCGCGAUGGCGCAGCUCCGAUCGUGGAGAUCACGAAGGCCUUGCAGCGUUUGGAGUGUUGUGAGCGGAAGGUUCUCUACGACGUCUUCUACGACUGGCGACCCCGUUUUCAGUUGGACCGUGCUGUGGUCAAAGAGGCCUUGGGCGCUGGGUUCAGGAGCAGUUUUGCCGACUUGGAGAUUCUUCUUUUGGGCGGCCCUGGUGGCUUUGGAGAUGCCGACAUCAGCUUCGUAUAUCACCCUGAAAUCAUCUCUGCCAGCACUCUACAGCACCUCAUGCGACACCUGAAGGCUCUUGUGAGAGGCGCCCACGUUGGAGCGGCCAGUAUGACGACAGAGACCUCUCAUCUUCUUUCCCAUGCCGAAGCCUCUUUCCCUGAGCGUCGAGUGACAUGCGGUACGCUGGAUUCCCUAGAUGGCAUGCGGGCAGUUGUCGCUGCAGCGCUGCCGCAUGAUGACACUAUUUCCGACGACUUGCCUUUGGACAGCCUGGGUUUGGACUCGGUGUCCGCUGUCUUUCUGCAGGGCCGCCUUUCAGAGCUUUUUGGGCUUGUGCUACCGGGGUGGCUGAUAGCUCAGAAGUCAACGAUGCAGCUAUCUUUGGAGGCCGGGCUUGGCGACCCUUGCGGCGGAAAGGUGGUGAGCGGCAGACUUCAAGCUCGAUUGGCUGAGGAUAAAGACUGGCAAGCUUUGGCCGGUAUAUGGAGGCAGCAUCAUCACUUGCUAGAGAUGGUGCCGCAAACGACUUGGCUUUUGCUCACAGGGCCACCGGCUUGGCUUGCGGCUUCUGCUUUCAUGCUGAGCCUCUUGAGAUUGGACUGGACUUCGCUAACUUUGCAUUCAGGUGAGAGUUUGCAAUUGCGGAACGACAUCUGCUUCAGGGCCUCGGCAGCAUAUGUAGUUCUGGUUAUGCUCCAGCACUUCUUGCACUGGCUGCUGGCGAGAUGGGUGCUUUUUUGGGACCUCCGCCUCGGCGAGUUGGCGCCAGGAGGAUGGAAGAAGGCGGAUUCUGCGGUCAUUUUGGUAGAAGAGGUCGAUGGCUCGGACGAAGCCAAGGCCAAGGUGCUUGGAGUUGUGUGUGUGCGUGCAGGCAUGAGCCGUGACAAUCAUAAACAAUCGGGGAUCUGCUGGCCGUUUUGUUGUGGGAGAAAACGAUCUGCGAUGACGAGAGUGGCGUCUUUGUGGGACGCUGCACUGGUUCCAGCAGCACGGAACCAGGGAGCAGCAAAGAUUCUGGUUGACUUCGCAGAAAGCUGGGCGCUGGACAUCGGGGCGAAAAGACUGGAGGCUGUUUGCCUCAAUCAGGCCGCCAAAGCCGCUUGCUGGAACAUGGGCCUGGAGCUUUGGAACCCACGGAUCGCUCGCUUGCCCUUGGCUCCUGCCUUCUUCACAAAGGUUCUCCGGACCGGGGCGCAAACGUCCCGUCAGAGCGGGAAGCGGAUUCCUGCUGACUAG